AUGAAGUUUCUUCUGAAUUCACUAACCUUCUUCCCCUUCACUCCUAAACCUCUCGAUUCCAAGCCUCCUUUCAGGCCCAUCAAAGUCUCCGUCCAGACUCCCCCGCCGGAUUUCGAUUUCCGCAACGAGAUCGCUUCAGACUCACGCGCCGCAAUCUCCAGGACUUUCCCGGAGCUGCUCGACCUCGCCGAUAACGGGACACUGAUUCUGCUCCACAAGCAGAGUUUCGGUCCUGUUCCAUCCUGGCGCAAGGAGUUCGUCGAGCCGGAGGCGAUUUGGCUGGUUGGCACUUCCCAUAUCUCGCCGGAGUCUGCUUCCGACGUCGAACGCGUCGUUCGCACGGUCAAACCAGAUAAUGUCGCCGUCGAGCUCUGCCGCAGCAGGAAAGUCGGUUUCAAUUUCCCUUCUCUCACAACACCCUGCAGAUAA